AUGGUACCAACACCGCGAGACCGCCCUAUGACGCUAAGAAAAACCCUUGGGCAGCUACAAAAUUUUACGAUUCAGAAGCCAUACCGACGCAGACGUCGCUCCACUAGCUCGAUCUCCUCUGCCGUAACAAUAUCCAGCAACGUGUCAUCGAAUGGCCCCGAAAGCAAGACAGCAAACCUCCCUGGGGCGAUUCGAGGCCUCGAGCAUAAUGAAAUACCGACAGCAUGGGUGAGAACGGGCCCUGCUUAUUAUGCAGGCGGUCAUCGGAGAGAAGAUUUUCUAAAGAAAUUGACGCAAUGCGAAGCUGAUGAUCUUGAAAGCUGGAAAUUCGCUAAGGGCCAGGCCUGGAAAUUAGCGGACCCCGGUUGUGAACCUUGGGUGCUAUUGGAAGAAGUUGGCGAAACAGCGGAGCGACCGCAACCACUUUCCAUUGAUCAAACGGGAGGAGCGGAGGAAUAUGAGGUGGACCACAUUGUAGCCGAAGCUACCGAUAGUUCGGGAGCAAGCCACUAUCUUUUGCACUGGAAAAACUGGAAGGCUGCCGAUUCGACUUGGCAACUGGCGAAGACCGUUAGACGCACGGCCCCCUUACUGUGCGAACGCUUUCGGCUACGUACUCAAGCGUUGCGCCAUGUUAUGGAUCAUCUUACUGACGAUCAAAAAAUAAAUUUGAAAAAAUUCGAGUUUACAACGGAUAUGAAGGCGUGGAAUUUGAUGCGAGCCGAGACAAAGAGUACUUGGAAACUGCUGCAGAUUGAGGGACUGUACAACGAGGCGUUAAAUGCAGCUGGGUUGCCUCCGAUUUGGGUUGAGAAUUGGUCUGUGGCGGAGCGCUUUGACAUGCCGUCAAGCUUUCAGUACAUUACCGAGAAUAUCACGUCGGCCCGUGCGUCGGCUGCGCUCAAAGCUCUAGCAGAGGAAUACCACGCGCCGCUCUGCGUCUGCACCGACGGGUGUAGCUCAAAAGCAACGGCAUGUUGUCUAAAGGCUUCUGAUGGCAUCGCUUUCAAGCCAAUUGACUCCGAUCCGGUAUUCCGCAUCGUCGAGAGCAUCGAUUACACCCCAAUCCUGCAGUGUGGGCCGGAUUGUAGAUGUAAUCGAGACAACUGCACGCAACGAGUCCUCACCGAUGAUGGGCGCCCGAUUCCUUUGAUACUGUUCUACGAGGGGCGCAAGGGAUACGGCAUCCGCACUCCAGUCAGAAUCCCAAAAGGCGCCUUUGUUGGGGAAUAUGUAGGCGAGGUGCUGACUGCAGAAGAAGCCGACGAACCCACGCGGGGCACAAUUUACCAGCAUUAUCUAAUGAAAGGCCAUGCGGCUCUCGGAGAGGAACGACUGGUCGUUGACGCAAUGCAUUAUGGUAAUGCGAUGAGGUUUAUCAAUCACUCAUGCGACCCGAACGUUGUCACACAAUACGUUCUUUGGGAUCGCCAUGGUGCCUACAACGCGAAAGUGGCCUUCAUCGCCAUCCGAACCAUCCAACCCGGUGAGGAGCUCACUUGUGACUUCCAACCAAAUGUCCUCGAGCCGUUGGGCGAAAACGGAUGCUUUAUGCGAUGCCUAUGUGGUGCCGCCCGCUGCAAGAAAUUUUUGGCUGGAACCGCACGGGAGGAU